CUUUGGUUAACCCAAAAAAUAAAGACAAACCUUCUCAGAAAUAAAUGUCACACAUUUAAAAAUAACUAAGAAAUCAACUUAGCUUACCUGGAAAAGCCAAUCCCCCACAAAAUUCAGGACUGCCAGCAUAAACAUGUCCGACGAGAGUUCGCAGAGCGGAAGCGGAAGUGAGAACGGGGAGGGACCGGAAGAGGAUGUGGAGCAGGCCAGGACGAGGAGCUCAUCGGAGGAUUUGCGAAGCAAUGAGUGGCUAAGCCUUCAUGGCUUUCCACCCGGCAGCGAUGACCAUUUGUUGUCCGUUUUUUCACGAUUCUGUUCAAUGACCGCCUAUCGCAAGAGGAACAAGGGUCUGGAACUGCGAUUCGCAUCCGCGGAGCAUUUGCAACGGGGCAUCCUUAUGGCCAAGCGCCUGGUGGUUGGACAACUACCGAUCAGCUGGCAUUUGGGUCACCUGGAGGAUGACCCUUCGGUUCAACCGGCCCCUCAAAAGGGGCGAAACCCGGCAGGCAGCGGACUCAGUGUUUUCAGCAAAUUGCGAAGGGCCUUCGCCAACUACUUUCAGUAAUCACAGUUUCUGUUCAGAUGAGUUCUCCCAGCUUAAUUAUAUUUGUUUAAUUUAAAGUA